AUGUCUGUUCAAAUUGUGUUCCCAAAGCAAAGCCUGGAGUGUGCCCUCGUAGACGAUGGGGCUCAGGGAUGUGUGCCGAGUUCUGUUCCACUGACAGUGACUGCCCCAAUGAUGGAAAAUGCUGCCACAACGGAUGUUGGCAUGAAUGCAUUGUGACAGAUACAGACAUCCAUUGCAUCAAUUAUUGCUGCUUUACUCUGGAAACAAGAAAGCUGGAGCUUGUAAAGUACAUUUCAUACACAUAGAUCAGUAUACUUCACAUCCACUCUCUUUAGAGCUGAGACACUCAAUUAAGAAGAUUUCCGAGAACCAUGCAGGCCAAUAGACAAUAGACUAUACACACUGAGUAUACCAAACAUUAGGAACACCUUCCUAAUAUUGAGUUGCACCUCCUAUUGCCCUCAGAAAAGCCUCAAUUUGUUGGGGCAUGGACUCUACAAGGUGUCAAAAGCAUUCCACAGGGAUGCUGUCCCAUGUUGACUCCAAUGCUUCUCACAGUUGUGUCAUGUUGGCUGGAUGUCCUAUGGUUGGUGGAACAUUCUUGAUACACACAGGAAAAUGUUGACCAUGAAAAACCGAGCAGCUUUGCAGUUCUUGACUCAGUCAAACCGGUGCGCAUGGCACCUACUACCAUAUCCCGUUCAAAGGCACUUCAAUAUUUUGUCUUGCCCAUUCACGCUCUGAAUGGCACACAUACACAAUCCAUGUCUCAAUUGUCUCAACACUUAAAAAUCCUUAUUUAACCUGUCUCCUCCCCUUCAUCUACAAUGAUUGAAGUGGAUUUAACCAGUUACAUCAAUAAGGGAUCAUAGCUUUCACCUGGAUUCACCUGGUCAGUCUAUGUCAUGGAAUGAGCAGGUGUUCAUAAUGUUUUGUACACUCAGUGUAUAACACAUUGUGGUUGAUAAAGUGAUACAAAUGCAUAUUUCAGGGAAAGGGAAUUUGGGAAUAUCAGACUGAGACUUCAGAGGGGUAGCAACAUACAGUACUUACUAUACAGCAAUUCACAGAACAUUAAGAUGACAAUUUGUCAAGGGCCAUCAACAAGGUUCCAACUCAUUGUAAUAGUAAGACUUCAAUGGAAAGAGUCAGUGUACGGAUGAUUUCCAGAGUUCUACUUGUGACACUCAAGGUGUGGGUUGAUGGUCACUAGACUUGAUGCUGAAUGUCAUGGAUUGUUCUCAUAUCUGUUGAUAGUGAUUGACGCCAGACUGGAGGUACAAGGGCCGAGGACACCCUGAUUAUUCACUGUUGUAUUGUACUGAUGACAUUCUAUGAACACUGUGUGACUCUGUAGCAGCUGACAAAGUCACUGCAUGUUUGUUUUGACUUCCUACAGGCCUCUAGAGCUGGAGUUUACAGAACAUUUGGUGCUGUCUGAUUAGAAUAGAAAGGGCCUGUCUCCAAGAAGCCAGUUAGACAUUUUCUCUGUUUUUGUGCUGGAAGUGUCUCCCUGUUGCAACUUGUAAUAAACUUUAAUGAAAAAUUAUUAUUAUUAUUAACCCAUCCACGUCUUCGGAGGACACAUCUUUUUUGGUUUCUCCAGCUUUUCUGCUACAUAUACAUAUACAUACAUUUUACAUAUACAUUUUACAUACAUUUUACUUUUAUAUGGAUAGAUUUAUUAUGGAUAGAUUUGAUUGACUUAAUCUGCUACUGCUUUUCUUGUUUGUUUACCUAGAAAUUCCUAUUACACCUAUGUUUCUAUGGUGUAACUGACCGCUUUUUCUCUGUUACCAUAGUGAAGCCCGGUCGCUGUGCCCUGCCCAAGGGGAACUAGAUGUGUGCCGAGUACUGUUACCAAGAUGGCCAGUGCCCCGAGGAAGAGAAGUGUUGCCGGAUAUUCUGAUGCUACGCCUGCAGUGA